GGAGCUGCGCAGGCGCCGUAGUGAAGAAAGGGGCGCAAGGCUCGCGGCACGGCGAGAGAAGCGCGCGCGACCUCGUACCCGAGCGGAGCUUUUUUUUUUUUUUUGGUGCUCCGUUCUUGCUGUCUGGCGAACGCCGAGGCCGCCAUGCUCUGCCGCUUGGCUGUCGCGGCCGGCCGCAGAAAUAACACUGUGCUGAUUACAUCUCUUGGUUGGGUGGCCUCCAGAAAAAAGCACACUCUCCCUGACUUGCCCUAUGAUUAUGGUGCUUUGCAACCACAUAUUAGUGCAGAAAUUAUGCAGCUUCACCACAGCAAACAUCAUGCAGCAUAUGUAAAUAAUCUGAAUAUUGCUGAAGAAAAAUACAACGAGGCUUUGGCAAAAGGGGAUGUAACGGCCCAGGUGUCUCUUCAGCCAGCUGUGAAGUUCAAUGGGGGAGGUCAUAUUAAUCAUAGCAUCUUUUGGACAAAUCUGUCUCCUAAAGGUGGAGGAGAACCAAAAGGAGAGCUCUUGGAAGCCAUUAAACGUGAUUUUGGCUCUUUUGCAAGUUUUAAGGAGAAACUCACCGCUGUUUCAGUUGGUGUCCAAGGCUCAGGUUGGGGAUGGCUCGGUUUUAAUAAAGAAUCUAAUAGACUCCAAAUUGCUGCCUGUUCCAAUCAGGAUCCUCUACAGGGAACCACAGGACUGAUUCCUCUAUUGGGAAUUGAUGUAUGGGAACAUGCAUAUUAUCUUCAAUAUAAAAAUGUUAGACCCGACUAUCUCAAAGCUAUCUGGAAUGUGAUCAACUGGGAAAACGUUUCUUCAAGAUAUGCAGCUUGCAAAUCAUAGAACAGAAAAUCUUAUAGAAACAAGACCUAAGUGUUCCUCAGAUUAUUUUCAUAAUAUGUAGCAGUUCAAUUGUUAAUUGUUCCAUUACUGAAAAAUACCACAUGACCAGAAAGUCCUCUCUAUCAAGCUAAUUUGUACCUAAUUGCGGUAAAAUUGUAAGUUCUGAAAGUGCUAAUUGUCUCUUUUAAAAAACGGGUUAUCUAAUUUUCUGAAAGAAUGUAAAUUUCUAAAACUUAAAAAUGGAUUAUAAAUUCCUUUUAGUAAUAUGUGAAUUUGAAUGCUUUUGAAUAAUUUCUUGCAAAUUUAAGAAGAGUCCAGGAAAUAAAAUUUAGAGAACAUUUAAUAAAUUAGAUGUCUUGAAAAGUUAUAUAUCAAGAGUUUCAUGUACUUAAGUUAUACUGUUAUACUCAUGUUAAUGAUUGAAAUUCGGCAUGUUCAUUAUAAAGAUUCAAAAUCUGUGUCAGUUGAUAAAUAUAGAAGUUCAGUUCGUGAAAUUUGUGUUUCUGAAAGUGGGAAAAAUCAGUGAUACAAUAUAGUGUACCAAGUAUAUAAGAUAAAUUGGUUGGAUUAAAGAUGUAAUUUGCACUUUGUGCCUUGAGUGAAAUAUAUCCAUCUAUUGCUAUGUCUACUAUAUAUCUCACUAUUGUAUAUGACGCUCCAAAAAUAAAAGUGCAGAAUGACUCUUAAGUCAUUAAAUAUGUAUUAUGCUAAUGGACCAUUUUAAAUGAAAGAAUUUUAGGUUUAAAUGUGAAAAUUAAGGGGAUUGGUGUAUUGAGUAUGCCUGGAGAAAUGGUUGUUAAAAAUUCAGAAUCUCAUACUUUUAAAGAGCAAAAUAUGGAAAAGGUGAAAAUGAGAAAAAUAGAUUUAUUUAGACACAAGGUAAAUUGAAUAGGCUUAAAUUAUAAAACAUUGCAUAUAAAUAAGAUAUUGAAAGUUGGUUGCAGAUUACAAUAGAAUAAAUAGAAUGUUUGACAAAUGGUUCAGCUCUGAGCAGGGAACAAACCAAAGAUUUGUUUGUGUAAGGAAUAUUUUGAUAUCAGAGAUGUGUUUGGGGACAUGAAUACGUGUGUAUUUUUGUAUGCAGAUUAUGCUGUGUUGUUGACUGAGAACCUAAACUUGCAGUAGAUGUUAGGGUAGAUAAUGCAUUGAAUAUGGAU